AUGGGUGACACUGUCGCAACCAACCUGCAAUUACUAACUCAGUGGGACGUUGUCAUCUCCAACACCCUGGUCAAGACCGGACUCGGUUUCGGCGCCGGCGUUCUUGCCUCCGUUCUUUUCUUCAAGCGACGAACCUUCCCCGUGUGGCUCGGAAUCGGCUUUGGAGCUGGACGAGGUGUCGCCGAGGGAGACGUCAUUUUCCGACAGAGUGACGCUGGAGUCCGAUCUGUUCGGGCUUAA